UGUCUGUCUCUCAGUGCCACGUUGAUGGAGACCAGUGGGGACGUGGAAAUUUCACUGCUCAGCCGGGACCAGCAGCCUUCCUACAAACCCUUGAGCAGCCACGAAAAGGGGAACUUGCCCGGGUGGAAGUUGCUUGUGUUUGCGACGUGUUUUAUGUGUGUUUUCAUGUGAGACGGAGCCAAACAGGCAAGGAUGAAACUUAAAGAAAUCAACCGCACAGCCAUCCAGAGCUGGAGUCCUGCACAGCACCACCCAAUCUACCUGGCAACAGGAACAUCAGCCCAGCAACUGGAUGCCUCCUUCAGCACCAGUGCCUCACUGGAGAUCUUUGAGCUGGACUUGGCUGAGCCAUGUCUGGACAUGAAGUCAUGUGGCACCUUCUCCUCCUCUCACAGAUACCACAAACUGGUCUGGGGUCCCCAUGGAAUGGAUGCCCAAGGCCUCCCAUCUGGGGUCCUAAUUGCAGGAGGUGAGAAUGGCGACGUUAUCCUGUAUGACCCUGCCAAAAUCAUCGCCGGCGAAAGUGACGUGAUCAUUGCUCAGAGUGACAAGCACACAGGGCCAGUGAGAGCUCUUGACAUCAACCCGUACCAGACAAACCUGGUUGCAUCAGGUGGGAAUGAGUCUGAAAUCUAUAUAUGGGAUAUGAACAACUUUGGCUCGCCAAUGACACCAGGACCUAAAACUCAGCCCGUGGAGGACAUCAGUUGUGUGGCGUGGAACAGACAGGUCCAACACAUCCUGGCCUCUGCCAACCCCAGUGGACGAGCCUCAGUCUGGGAUCUCCGCAAGAAUGACCUCAUCAUUAAAGUUAGCGAUCACAGCAACAGAAUGCAUUGCUCUGGGCUGGCCUGGAACCCAGAAGUGGCCACUCAGCUGGUCUUGGCCUCGGAGGAUGACCGGUUGCCCGUUAUCCAGAUGUGGGACUUGCGUUUCGCCACCUCCCCACUCAAGAUAUUAGAGAAUCACACACGUGGUGUCCUGGCCAUUGCCUGGAGCUUGGCUGAUCCAGAGCUGCUUCUGAGCUGCGGGAAGGACAGCAGGAUCUUGUGCUGGAAUCCAAACACAGCAGAGGUUCUGUAUGAGUUGCCCACCAGUACUCAGUGGUGCUUUGACAUCCAGUGGUGCCCCAGGAACCCUGCUGUGCUGUCAGCUGCAGCCUUUGACGGACACAUUGACAUCUAUUCCAUCAUGGGAGGCAGCAACCAAGCCCAGAGCCAGAGGCAUGCUGACCAGAUCAGCAACUCGUUUGGGAACAUGGAUCCUUUUGGGACAGGACAAACAUUGCCUCCUCUGCAGCUGCCCCAGACCACUGCCACUCCAACUACAGUCAACCCCUUAAAGAAGCCACCCAAGUGGAUCUGCAGACCUGUUGGGGCCUCGUUUGCUUUUGGUGGGAAGCUGGUAUCUUUGGAGAACACAAAGCCAAACCCUCAGCAGCCUCAGCAGCCGGCUUCACAUGUCGUACAUGUCAGCCAGGUUGUUACAGAAACAGCCUUUUUGAAGCGCUCAGCUGAGCUGCAGGCCACGAUAAGUGCAGGCAGCUUUGUGGAUUUCUGCCAGACCAAGAUUGAUGCAGCUGAGAAUGAAUUUGAAAAGACUGUUUGGUCCUUCCUCAAGGUUAACUUUGAUAAUGAUGUCCGUAGCAAAUACCUGGAGCUUCUGGGAUACAAAAAAGAAGAACUUGCAUUAAAGAUUUCAGCAGCACUAGAGGACAAAGCUGUCGACCCUGUCAAGCUUCAGCCAGUGGCAGAAGUGGACACGAUCGCUCCAGUGGCAGAAGUGGACAUUAUCGCUCCAGUGGCAGAAGUGGACAUUAUCGCUCCAGUGGCAGAAGUGGACACGAUCGCUCCAGCCAGCCUUCAGCCCUUGGCAGAUUCCAGUCUGUUCCUCCCUGCUGAAAAUCCUGAAGCAGCGUUUGACAUGAUCGCUGCAGCAAACCUGCAGGCAGAAGACAGCCUGGACCUGCAAGCUACCACAGAUCCAGAGACCGAGGACGCAGCAGAAGUGGAUCCAGAGGCUGAAGAUGCAGCAGAAGUGGAUCUAGAGGCUGAAGACGCAGCAGAAGUGGAUCCAGAGGCUGAAGACACAAAUGCAGUGGAUAGUCUGACGAGUGAACCAGAGCCAAAUGAGGACCAGAUUCUCCCACCAGAGGAGGACAUUCCCCUGGAUGAGGAGACGACUGCAGCAGUGGAGGAGGAACCCUGCCCUGCUGUAGAGACCCCAGCCGCAGUUGAGGCUCCUGCUGUAGAGGUCCCAGCUGCCAUUGAGGCUCCUGCUGUAGAGGUCCCAGCUGCCAUUGAGGCCCCUGCUGUAGAGGUCCCAGCUGCCAUUGAGGCCCCUGCUGUAGAGGUCCCAGCUGCAACCCCUGGCAAAGAAGGUGUCAGUCUCAGCAUCAGUCAAGAUGUGGACGGGCUGAUCACUCAGGCUCUCCUGACUGGAGACUUUGAGGGAGCUGUGGAGCUCUGUCUCCAUGACAACCGUAUGGCAGACAGCAUCAUCCUGGCCAUCGCAGGAGGGGCUGAACUCCUGGAGAAAACCCAGAAGAAGUACUUCACCAAAGCACACAGCAAGAUCACAAAGCUGAUCAGUGCAGUGGUGAUGAAGGACUGGCAUGACAUCCUGCAGACAUGUGACCUGCAGAACUGGCGGGAAGCUCUGGCUGCUGUCAUGACCUACGCUCAACCGAAUGAGUUCUCCUCCCUCUGCGACCUCCUCGGUGGCAGGCUGGAGGCAUCUGAGGACAGCCAGCUGCAAGCCCAGGCCUGCCUGUGCUACAUUUGUGCUGGCAAUGUAGAGAAACUAGUGUCCUGCUGGACCAGAGCACAGGAUGGCUGUUGUCCACUCUCUCUCCAGGAACUGGUGGAGAAGGUGGUGGUGCUGCGGCGCGCAGUAGAGCAGACCCAGCGCUCCGGUCCAGCUGCUGUGGGCGUCUUGUUGGCUGAAAAGAUGAGUCAGUAUGCCAACUUACUGGCUUCCCAGGGCAGCCUGUCCACUGCCAUCACCUACUUGCCUGACAACACCGACCAGGUUGCUGUACAGCAGCUUCGUGACCGCCUCAGUCGGGCUCUGGGGCAACAGGCAGCCGCUCCUGCAGCUCCAGUCCAAACCCAAAAAGUUCAGCCUCAGCCGCCUGCUCCUCAGGCCCAGCACACUACAGCCAUGCCCAGACACCCGUACACCCCAGCCCAGCCUGCUAUGGUGCCUCAGCCCUCUGCAGCACCAGUACCCAUGCCUACACCUGCCUCUGCCCCAGCACAGCCUCAGUAUUACCAGCCAGUGAGGGCUGCCUCCACUGUCACCUCCUGGAGUAACCAAACUCCCACAGCCCUCCCCAAUGUCCCUCCUCCUGUUCAACUAGGCACCGCCUCAGACCAGCAGGCGGACCUCUCCAACCCCAUGUAUGGGAUGCCAGCUUCCGGAGCAGCUGCCCCCCCUCCGGCCUCCUCCACCCCUGCAUACAUGUACUCUCAUCAGUACCAGCCCUACCCCCAGGUCAACCAGUACCCAUCUGGAUCCGGGGGGGCACCUAUCUAUCAGCCUCUGCAGUACUCUUCUGCUGUGACCUCCUCCGCUCCUCAGCCCCCGGGCUUUCUGUCUCAAUACAUGCAGCCUGUUCCCUCUCAGCAAGCUCCUCCACUCUAUCCUGGACAACCUCCUAUCAGCCCUCCUUCCCAUCCUCCCUUCUUGCCAACUGCUUCCUCCUCCUUCUCUCCUCCUGCAUCCUCUGGAGCAUCUUUCCAACACGGCGGGCCAGGAUCUCCAGUAUCUUACAUGCCGCCCCCUCCACCAACCGGAGUCUCAGGUACACAGCCUGACCCCGACCAGAUCCCCGCCUCUCAGAGAACAGGACCUCAGAAUGGCUGGAAUGAUCCUCCUGCCCUGAGCAGAGCACCAAAGAAGAAGCACGUUCCAGAAAACUACACUCCUCCUGCACCCAUCACCGCACCCAUCAUGGCUCCCCUGGGUGGUGACCCUCAGGCCCAGCCAAUAUCCUCUGCAGCUCCCCAGGCCAUGGUCCCGGGCCAGGUUGGUGUCCAGGCCCCGUACUCAGGCAUGCAGCAGCAGCAGCAAAUCUCCCCUCCACCUAUGAACCCAGCAAUGCCCAAGACAAGUGUGGAGGGUGCCCCAGGAGCCCCUACUGGUGAUGUCAUACAGCCGAUGCAAUCCAUCCCUGCUGAGAAGAUCACGAAGAAGCCCAUCCCUGAUGAGCACCUGGUCCUGAAGACCACAUUCGAAGGGCUCAUCCAGAAGUGCUUGGCUGUAGCUACUGAUCCCCAAACCAAGAGAAAGCUCGACGAUGCCAACAAGCGUUUGGAGGCCCUCUACGACAAACUAAGAGAGCAGACACUCUCCCCAGCCAUUGUAGGAGGACUGCAUAACAUGGCAAGGAGUAUAGAGUCUCGAUCCUACACAGAGGGCCUCAAUAUUCACACCCACAUAGUUAGCAACAGCAACUUCAGUGAGACGUCGGCCUUUAUGCCCGUUCUCAAGGUGGUGCUGACACAAGCCAACAAACUUGGGGUCUGAGUAGGCAGAAACUCCCAACCACUCCUGAGUCUUGAAAGAUGGAAAAGGAUUAGUUGAAGGUUGUGGUAAAAAAAAAAAAAAAAAAUGGUGGAACGUGUUCCAAUUAUGGGUAGUUUGUUUCAAAGGGAGUUCCGUUUUACUCGUGAUGCAGAUCUACUUGAUGAAGAGUUUUGAGAUGUAUCAAAAUACUGUUAAAUGCUCCCUCGUGCCAUGCUGUUUCCCUCCACAACGUCAACACAAGCCAUGCUAUCAGUAUCACACAGUGGUGAAAGUAAAGUCUGAGCCCAACCCCGACUCCCACCCACCAGCUGCCCAAUAACACACACACACACACACACACACACACACACACAAAACCAACAAGGGCUACAGACAAGUUAGCAAAAGCACUACCAUAAUCCAGCAGCAAAUUGAGUCACACUAAAGUUUUUUUUUUUUUUUUUUUUUUUUUAAAUCUAAAUCACAGUUUCAGACAUAUGAAUUAUGUAACUAAUGUAAGAAAUGGAUACAUUUCAGUUGCUGAAUUGAAUGAAAUCUUCAAACUGACAUUUCAAGCCUAUAAGCUGGCGUGAACAAAGUCUAAAUGAGCAGCACACGGGCCAGUAUGAAAGGCAUUUGCCCUCCUCUGACUGGUAAUAUGAAUGAAACCAGACAAAAAAACAAACAAACAAAAAAAAAAAUACUGAGGAAGAAAUUCAGAAGUGUUAGUUGCAGAUUUGGUAAGCAAUAAUGAAAUUGCUUUUUACUUGCAGGCGAUUUAUCAGUAAUAAAUUUAGGAUGUUUAACGAAAUGGGCUAGUUUAAAUGAAUUUGGCUAACAGCGCACCAGUGACAAGGUAUCGCAGCAUGACUUUGGUCCACAUUUGCAUGGGUGUGUAAACAGCAAUCAUUUAGGAAAAAUGAUCUUACAUCAAAAAAUGUAUAAUCAAUUUUAGUUAAUUAUCAACUUCCAGAUUUUUCAUUUUGGUUUUUGCGUUAAAGCAAUUUUAGAGGACCUUGUAAUUCCUAAAGAGAUUUUUCUUUAAAAAGUAAAAUCAUGUUUUAUCUUCAAAUGAAUUCUUCAUCAGUGUAUGUGUGGUUUUUAUGAUGGCUGCAGAUAAUGAAGCUAAAGAUGAAUGCAAAGUUUGGAGAAGCUGUAUCGCAGAUACAGGACACAAGACACAGAACAGGGAAUCAAGUCUGCCAGUUAAACUUUAGAGCCAGUAAUUUUCAAACGAGCAUGUUAAGAUAAAUUUUGUGGCAAGUUUUGGUCUGAUGACAAAAAUUAGUUUCAUUGUUGUGGAGAUGCAGCAGGUUUGGUAGCAGUUCUAGCCCGUUCACCACUUGGUACUGUAAACAUAACAGUGAUCUGCUGCACCAGUGUGUUUUCCUUGGCAGCCAGUGAGGGCUCUGAAUACCAAGGCAGAGAUGCUCCAGAUAAACACACAGGAACUUUGUUAGUGCUCUGAUUCAGUGAACACUCGGGUGCAUCAGUGAGCACUGAUGUGUGAAUGAAUCCAAUAUUUCAUGCCAGUACUCCAUACUGCUGUGUAUUCUUGUUCUUGUAGUCCAGACUGACUUACUUUCACCACUCGUAUCACUACAGAAAUGCACAUUGGACCAAGAUAGUGUAGGUUUGGGAUAUGCCAAUGCUAUGCAACGCAUUCCCGUUUGUUAAGGAUGUUUAAUUUUGUUGGCUUUUGUUUUGUUUUGGUCUCUUAUUUUUGUUUUUUAUUCUUUUUUUUUUGUCAGUAUAAUCAUUAUACUCAGCAGAGUGCAAUGGGAUUUUUUUCCCUAAUGGAACUUAAAAGAUAUGCAUGCUUUAAUACAGACGCUUACAAGCAUCCUUAAAGGCAAAGAGGUAAUCAUCAGCUUAAUCAGACUCAGAGGGAACUGGGAAGGAGGACGUCUGCUUGCUUAUCAUUCCAACUACGAUGAGGGCUGUAGUCUGACUGGUCCACCUGUCUCAGUUUAUGUUGUUAAUAAAAGAAAACGAUUCUUUGUUUUAGAUUGACUACAUGCAAUAUUUUCAAUAAAUAGUAUUUAUUUAAAACA